AUUUCCCACCACGGCAGCAAUGCACCCGGCUGUUUCUCUCUCUCUCUCUUUUCACUUAAACUACUGGUUUCAAAUGAUCCGUUAGGAGUAAAUCCAUUGUUUGUAAUCCACUGUUGAUGCAAGCUUGAUGUUGGUAGUGCUAAUGUUUAUCUGCGGUUCGCGUUGCCGCAUUUGAAGUAUCCGAUCGUUUGUAGCACUUCGUAGCUACUUGCCUCGUGGCGCACGGAAUCAUGGGUUCAUAACCUGAAAGGUGUCUGAAAACUGUGGAGUCUACGAAGUGGACAAAAUAAACAAACACACCGUUAUUCCCGAGUCGCUGCUGUUUUGGUGCCCCUCCGAUGGAAAAGAACGGACACAUAUGCUAAUGAUAAAGGAGAUGGCCCUAUCUGUGUAGAGUGGAGGAUAUUUAUAAGCUGUGCUAUUCUAGAUGGUGCAUUAUCAGUCACCAGUGUCACAAGGCUUUGCUCGAUCAUAGAUUCAAGUGUGUCUCGUCCAUUUCAAUGGAACAGUCCUUAGGGCUCCAUAUAGGCUGAUCCCCUACCCCCCCAUUGCAAAAGUACACCCCGGAGGCAAUGGGCCAUUGACACCUCUCUCUAUUCAAGUCUCUCUGACAUUAUUUCGCUAUUCAAAGUUUUAAGUGUUUUGGAGGCGUGUUUUUUUGCUAAUGGUAGGGGAGGUGGCUCUGUCUGUGUAGGGGGGAGGAUUUAAAGGCUGUGCUAUUCUGGAUGUGCAGUAUCAAUCAUCAGUGGUUGCCAUAGGCUACAGUAAGCAAGGUGUGGUGGUUGAAAUGGAGACGAUUCGGUGGAGGAAAAAGGAGUUUGUUGUGCCAAAAGACUUGGAGGUGUGUUUCCUGACGGACUCCAUGUGCAGGGGCCUGGAUCAGUGGGCUGUUCCCGCCGGAGGCCAGGUGUGGGUCCAUCCUGAGACCACGCUGGCCCGCUCAAUUCAGCACCACACGUACCACGUGGAGACUUUGAAGAAGGAUGCUGUGGUGGUGAUUCAUAUUGGCACGAAUGACAUGGCAAACGGAGCGUCGGCUACAGAGAUCGCUGAGAAGAUGGAGAUGCUGAUACGAGAACUUCAGAACCGUUGUGAUUACAAGCUGAUGUUUGCUGUCAGUUCUAUCUUGCCGCACCUGGCUGACAAUGCCAGAACUCGGGAUAGGGUCAAAUCUGUAAACAAGUUGUUGGAAGUGCGGUGCGACGCCAUGAGUAAUGUGUGCUUCGUGCGCACAAACAAGGCGUUUUUAAAGAAGAGAGAAGUGGUCGCAGAAAUGUAUAUGCCAGAUGGGUUGCAUUUGACUGAACAUGGCAAAAUGACAAUGUUUUGUUGUUUUCGACAAUUUUUAUGGCAUUUCUGUCGAUUUUCUCUCCGUGUUCCUGAUGAGUAUAAAUAAAGAAAUGCAUUGUGAGACCCAAAACAAAA